CUAGGUCAUGUUUUUAAACCUUCCGCGUUGGCAACGUCUUUAUUUAUGGAACUAUUAUUAAGUAUGCUAUGAAAGAAAUAACAAUCUAAAGGAAUUCAAAUAUGGCAGAAGGGAUAGCUAUAGUGAUAAUAAAUGAUAAGAAAAACGAACGGUGCACUAAAAGUGAGAGACAGGCAACCUUUAAAGACAGAAACCUAUUUGAUUUUGAUAAUGACCUAACAUCCAUUGUUGAUACUCGUCUAGGAUUUGAGUGUAUAUAUCUAAAAGACGAUCAUGAAAACACUGAAGAAUUAAACAACAAUCAAGAAGAUGGUGAAGACACACAAGAAAACUUAACAGCGCACGCUGACGAUAACACAGUGCAUGAAGGCGAAACAACAGAACAUUUCAAUACAACGGAAAAGGGAACUAACGGAGAAGAUAGUAUUGAUGCAUUAGAAGCUCUACUUGUUUUAGAGGAAAAUAAAUAUAACAGAGAUUUGUCAGUUGAUGACUUGGCACAUCCAACUGGAAUCAAAGACCCAAAAGAGUGUGGAUGUUUACGAUGUAAAGUUCGUGUCAAAGCUGGAAAAUCAGAGGCAAAAUACUUCCUUUGUGCAAUCAGUUCGCACGGUGUUGAAAGGGAAGGUCAGAUGUCGAUAUUGUUUUCGGAUGAGAAGUUUUUUUCACUCAAUGAUAUCAUUGAAAUAUUUUCCGACAAGUUCUGUCCCGAAUUAAAAGGAAAGAUAAAGAUUUUCAUCAUUCAGGCCUGCCGCAGCGACCCGAGAAUGAAGCUGAAAGAUAAAGGAGUUAAAGUGCAAAUCACAAAUGAUGCAUCUGAUUCGCAACAGACUGGCUCUGUUGAACCAAGAAACGACCAUGUUGAUUUUGAAGAUUCACCAGAAACUGGUCAGAUAUCCAUAGCAUCAGGAAGUAUUCCACGGAACACUCUUCUUAUAUUUUCAUGCUGGUCAGGAAGACCGUCUUAUAGAACAGUAGAUAAACGAUCAGCAGACUACAAAGUUAUGAUAGGCGAAGAUGAAGAAAUAAAUGGUUCUUGGAUGAUCAGAGAAAUGAAAAAAGUAUUUGACAAAGAAAAAGGCACCAUCAAUUUCCUAAGUACACUUACAAAAGUAGCAGCUGCCGUUGCCGAAAGGGAGACGAAGGGUGGUUGUAAGAGCACAAUGACAAUUAUACACACUUUGACCCAGCCAAUAUAUUUUACAUUGAGAAAUCCUGACGAUUCUGAUGACGAGUUGAACUUGGAUCAAGCAAACAUCAACUGAUAGACUCACUUACGUUAUAAUUGUUUACUGUAUAAUAAGUUGCCUACUUAUCAGGAAUCUUUGUAAAUUUUGUUUUGGUGGUGUGAUUUGUGUUGCUUCGCAAUAAUUAUAUUACGUUUAUGUUACUAUUAGUGGUUUCAAAUAUGGAGUACAUUUCGUUACGACUGAUAUGAGAUGUAUUCCAGCUUGCUAAAUGGCGUGUUUCGACAAGUCGACUUUAUACCCCGACUGUUCAUUGUUCUUCCCAACAGUUCAUUUUAUGUUUACCAUUGUAUUGUCCAUGAUUUGUCAUAUAUGCAACUCUGUGUGUAUGCACGGGUGAAGUUUGAGUUUGGAUUAACAGUUUUAUAUGUAUAUUAACUCUGAAUUUUAUUGGUCCAUAGUAUUUAGUAUUUAGUACAUGUUAACCUUUACUGUAUGUUAUUACCUUGUAAUGUUUUUUAUCCCCAAAAUACUGUUCAUUUUAAAUAUGAUAGCUUUGAAAAUCUUAGUUCUUCAAACAAUCUUAUUAGCAAAGCAGCUAAGACAGUUUUUUUAGCUGAACCUUGCAUGGUGGUGUAUUCAUAGCCUAGAUCCUCUAACACAUGUACAUAUUAUGAUUUGAUGGCAUCGCGCCAGCCUUAGUUAUGGUUUUAAUUCCUGGAUGGACGCCAAGAUUACCGCCAGAUUUUACCACAUUUACAAUUAACUUUAAAAAAAAUGUGUGUUAAAUGCUCUUAAUCCCGUGCGAAACUCUAAUUUUAUGAUUUCUUCAUAUAAACUAAUACAUUCCUAUGUAAUUCUUACCAUAUUUUAGUCAUCAUGGCGUUCAAAAGGGCCGCAUAAGAAAUACGACUGUCAAAUUAGUUAGGCUUUGUUGCAGUAACUUUAUUUUUUGACUAAUGUUUGUUAUUUUAAACUUUAAAAGCGCUAAUUUUCUCUAGAGAAAGAUUUGGUAUUUUAUGUGGUAUGUAUUGAGAGCUUUGGUACAUACAUCAAACAUGUUAGUGUCAUGUGAUCUGCUUUUUUGCUGUAAUGUAUAUGUUAUUAUUGAAAACAAAUAUGUAUAAAGUCGCUACCACUACACUAUAGUUGUAGUUUAAUAUAUAUCAGUUACAUUAAAUAACAUUGGUAAAUUUCAUAGUUAUGGCUCAGCACGGACACAUGUUAUGUAUUUAUAAUUUUAUCAAAGGGCAAUAACACACGACACCACCACCAGACAAGCAAAUUUGUUGAAUUGGUAGAUUAUGCAUAUUAGGUAGAUUGGAAUAGGCAAAGUAGAUGGAAUGGAAAUUGUUGUGGUGAAAUAUUCCAACCGAUACGUGCAAUACGACUGCAGUGUUAUGGACUCUAGUGAACAUUUGGCAUGAGAUAUGUUUGUUUGCGACUGUUAGAAAUAAAAUAAAAUAAAUAUUGUAUG